AUGACAAGCACCACAGAGACCAGCACGAGUUCUGUGACGACUACGACGGAGACCAGCACAACCAGCGUGACAAGCACGACAGAGUCGAGCACGACCAGUGCGUCAAGCACCACGGGCACCAGCACGACGUCGGUGACAAGCACCACAGAAUCAAGCUCCACAACGGUCACGAGCACCAGUGAAACUAGCACAAGUAGUGUGACAAGCACCACAGAGACCAGCACGACAACGCCCACGAGCACCACGGAGACGAGCACAACGACGAUGACAAGCACCACAGAGACCAGCACGAGUUCUGUGACGACUACGACGGAGACCAGCACAACUAGCGUGACAAGCACGACAGAGUCGAGCACGACCAGUGUGUCAAGCACCACGGGCACCAGCACGACGUCGGUGACAAGCACCACAGAAUCAAGCUCCACAACGGUCACGAGCACCAGUGAAACUAGCACAAGUAGUGUGACAAGCACCACAGAGACCAGCACGACAACGCUCACGAGCACCACGGAGACGAGCACAACGACGAUGACAAGCACCACAGAGACCAGCACGAGUUCCGUGACGACUACGACGGAGACCAGCACAACCAGCGUGACAAGCACGACAGAGUCGAGCACGACCAGUGCGUCAAUACCACGGGCACCAGCACGACGUCGGUGA